GCUUCUGAAACAACCUCAGCAAGCCACCCUAGCCUAUCCGGGUACACACCUUCUGGUGGAAGAGAAACCCAAGUCACUUUUAGUCAUUUCUUCUUCAACCAUCUUCUUAAACUUUACAACUAAGAUAGCUGAGAGUCUUUCCCUUAAAUAGAAUCCACAGACCCUCCACCUAUAACUCUUUAAAAGCUUCUCAUUUCAUGUGUGAAACCUUCACUCAUGGCCGUUUUUCUGGUUCUCUUUCUGCUAUCCAGACUCUUCAUCAACUCAGAAUCUGUAAGCAGAGCUGAUUUUCCUCAGGGAUUCAUAUUUGGAACAGCUUCUUCAGCUUACCAGUAUGAAGGGGCUGUGCAUGAAGGAAACAAGGGAGCUAGCAUAUGGGAUACCUUCACAAAGCAGCCAGGAAGGAUUUUGGACUUAAGCAAUGCAGACACGGCAGUGGAUCAAUACCAUCGGUUUGAGACUGAUAUAGAUUUGAUGAAGGAUUUGGGAAUGGAUGCUUAUAGAUUUUCAAUCUCUUGGUCCAGAAUAUUUCCAAAUGGGACAGGGGAACCCAAUCCAGAAGGAAUAAAAUACUACAACAGGCUCAUUGAUGCUUUACUAGAAAAAGGAAUCGAGCCUUAUGUAACUCUGUAUCAUUGGGAUCUUCCACAGAUGCUUGAAGAUAAAUAUGAAGGAUGGCUGAGCAGACAAAUAAUAGAAGACUUUGAGCAUUUUGCAUUUACCUGCUUUCAAGCUUUUGGAGAUAGAGUAAAGCACUGGAUCACCUUCAAUGAACCUCAUGGUUUCUCUAUCCACGGAUAUGACUUAGGCAUUCAAGCACCUGGAAGGUGCUCAAUUCUAGGUGGUAUACUUUGUAAGACAGGAAACUCCGCCUCAGAACCAUAUAUUGUAGCUCACAACAUUCUAUUGUCUCAUGCUGCUGCAUAUCACACCUACCAGCUAAAUUUCAAGGAAAAGCAAGGAGGUCAAAUUGGAAUUGCACUAGAUGCCAAAUGGUAUGAACCAAUAUCUGAAAGUGAUGAGGACAGAGAUGCAGCAUAUAGAGCAAUGGAUUUUGGAAUCGGAUGGUUUCUUGAUCCACUCUUCUUUGGUGACUAUCCUCUUUCAAUGAAAAAGCUUGUGGGUGAGAGACUCCCUCUCAUCUUGCCAGAGAUAUCCAGAAUACUACUGGGUUCUCUAGAUUUCAUUGGAAUAAACCAUUACACCACUUUAUAUGUCCGGAAUGACAGGACUCGUAUUCGGAAACUAAUAUUUCAUGAUGCUUCAUCUGAUACUGCUGUAAUCACUACCUCAUCUCGCAAUGGCGUUGCUAUUGGAGAAAGGGCAGCUUCCCGCUGGCUACAUAUCGUCCCAUGGGGCAUCCGUAAAUUGGCAAGAUAUAUUAAAGAAAAGUAUGGAAAUCCUCCAGUUAUUAUAACAGAAAAUGGUAUGGAUGAUCUAAACAGUCCUUUUAUAUCUAUGAAAAAGGCUCUGCAAGAUGAGAAGAGGAUAGAAUAUCACAGGGACUAUCUCUCAAAUCUAUCUGCUGCUAUAAGGCAAGACAACUGCAACAUACGAGGUUAUUUUGUGUGGUCUUUGCUGGACAACUGGGAAUGGAACUGCGGCUAUACUGUCCGAUUUGGACUCUACCAUGUGGACUACAAAAAUAACCUCACGAGGAUUCCAAAAUCUUCUGUUCAAUGGUUCAAAAGUGCACUCAGAUUAAGAAGUAAAGGAAGCUAUUUGAUUGACCAGAUUUAACACCAACAAAUUGAAUCUGUAACAAGUUUUACACAGAGCAUUGAUAUUUCAAGAGAAAAAAUGAACAAUGAAACAAAGAGAAAACACGCCAAGAAUCCCCCCGCCUUUCUCUUUGUUGGGACAUCCCAACCAAACAAAAAAUCAUACACUUCUUCUUGUACAAACAGAUUAUUAAUAGCACAAGUUUUCUUAAAAAGCAAUGGUGGAUUUGCUUGUUUCAAAAAUCAACUGUAAAGCAAAGUGGAAUGGCAUUCCUUGAAUCUAGGUAUAGAGAAGUCUGAUGGUUAAGGAUAAGGUUUCUGCAAAUGGGAUUGCAACGAACCCUUCAAUUCCACAAGGCAGGCUGGAUUUUCCUCACAACCAAUUAAAUUCAGUAGAUUCUG